GUAGCAGCAGCGGGAGCAGUAACAGUGUACCAGCCCCGCUCUCUCACUAUCCCAGCCUGCAUGGGCUACUCGGUUAGCUAGCUUAGCAUCGCCCGCUCCUGCCGCCAAGAACCCUGAUUGUUAUCUCAGCGUUUUCCUCUCCGUCCCCUCACAGUCACUCACCCACCCGGUGCUGAUUUACCAUCUACCCGGCUUCAAGAUGAUGAAGUUCAGGUUUCGUCGGCAGGGUACCGACCCGCAGAGGGAGAAGAUAAAACAGGAGCUUUUCGCCUUCAACAAGACUGUGGAGCAUGGGUUUCCCCAUCAACCCAGUGCGUUGGCUUUUGACCCCAAGCUUCAACUUAUGGCCAUUGGCACAAAGUCGGGAGCUAUCAAAGUUUAUGGAGCCCCUGGUGUGGAGUUCACUGGACUACACAAAGACACCGCUACAGUUACACAGAUCCACUUCCUGCCUGGACAGGGUCGUCUGCUCUCACUGCUGGAUGAUAACACGAUUCACCUGUGGGAGCUGGUGCCAGGGACUCCCAGAGAAGUGGGAGGAGUUAAGAAAGAAGUUGGGGUCUCUCUCCAAGAAGUGGGCAACUACAGCCUCCCUGGCAGACCUGGCAUUGAGAGCUGCAGUGUCACUCGGGUGACUGUCCUCCUCUUGCGGAGGUCGUGUGAUCUGCUCUGCAUUGGAACAGAGGGAGGGGGCGUGUACUUCCUGCAGUUGCCCCGCCUCUCGCUGAAAGAUGACCACACACUGCUUCAGGAUCACAUCACACAGGGCCUGCCAGACGACUACAGAUGUGGGAAAUCUUUAGGGCCUGUGGAAUCUCUUCAGGAACAUCCUCAGCAGCCAGGGAAGAUUCUGAUCGGCUACAGUCGAGGGCUGGUGGUCCUGUGGGACCUGAACACUCGCCAUGCUGACCAGCUCUUCCUGGGAAAGCAGCAGUUGGAGAGCAUUGUGUGGGAACGCUCCGGAAAGUUGUUUGUCAGCUCCCAUAACGACGGGGGCUACUCUGUGUGGCCUGUUACCAGUGGCAACACCUACAACCACCAGCCAGUGUCCUCCAGCAUCCCAUAUGGUCCAUUUCCCUGCAAGGCCAUCAGUAAGAUCCUGUGGAGGACAACACAGAUGGGUUCUCCCGUGCUGUUAUACAGUGGAGGGAUGCCCAGAGCCAGCUACGGUGACCGCCACUGUCUGACCAUUCAGCAGGACAAGGACCACGUCACUCUCGACUUCACAUCCCGAGUCAUUGACUUCUUUACUGUCCACUGCACAGAGCAGGAGAAAGAGUUCGAUGACCCCUCGGCAUUGGUUGUGCUACUAGAGGAGGAACUGGUCGUAGUUGACCUCCAGACCCCGGGAUGGCCCACUCUGCCCACUCCUUACUUGGCCCCACUCCACUCUUCAGCCAUCACCUGCUCCUGCCACAUCUCCAGUGUCCCUCCUAAACUGUGGGAGAGGGUGGUCAGUGCUGGCAAAGCACAGCAGGGCUGCCAACGUACAAACAAAAUUUGGCCCAUAUGUGGUGGGAAAAACCUGGCGCCACCACCCAAACACCAAGAGCUGCUGCUGACAGGACACGAGGACGGGACUGUUCGCUUCUGGGAUGCGUCAGGUGUUGCUCUUACUCCACUGUACAAACUCGGCACAGCCAACGUCUUUCACACCGACUGUGACCCCUGUGAUGACCCUCAUGACCCAGGCAAUGACCCCGACAUGCAGCAGGAAGAGGAAUGGCCUCCCUUCAAGAAGGUGGGCUGUUUCGACCCGUACAGUGAUGACCCCAGGCUGGGCAUCCAGAAGAUCAGUUUGUGUAAAUACAGCAACAAGCUGGUGGUGGCUGGCACUGCUGGACAGGUGAUAGUGAUGGGUUUGAAUGACGAGCGAUCGGACCACUUUGUGGACGUCUCGGUGGUCGAUCUGCUGCAGGACAGGGAGGGCUUCACCUGGAAGGGUCACGACAGACUGGAGCCGCGUCUCAAACCUGCUCCUUUCCCUCCAGGCUUCCAGCCACUGGUGCUGGUGCAAUGCCUGCCCCCAGCCUCCGUUACAGCCGUGGCGCUGCACGCAGAGUGGAACCUGAUCGCCUUUGGGACGAGUCAUGGAUUUGGCUUGUUUGACUAUCACAGACGGAAUGCUGUGCUUGCAAGAUGUACCCUGCACCCUAAUGACUCAUUAGCGAUGGAGGGCCCACUGUCCAGAGUCAAGUCCUUGAAAAAAUCUUUACGGCAAAGCUUCAGACGCAUCCGCAAGAGCAGGGUGUCGGGGAAGAAACGCGCCAUCGCCACACCUAUUAGCAAGGUACAAGAGGCCAAUGCUGCUUUGGCAGAGCAGGAGGAAGUGGCUCCGAUACAGCGGAGGAUUGAGCCUCGGUCAGCAGACGACUCGCUUUCUGGAGUGGUCAGAUGUCUUUGCUUUGCUGACACCUUCCUGCGUGAUGGCACACACCAUGGCCCUACGCUAUGGGCAGGCACCAACUCGGGCAGCGUGUAUGCCUACGCUCUGGAGGUUCCAGGCGUAGGCUCAGGACGUGUGUGUGAGCGAGGAGGAGCGAGUGAGAGCAGUGCGUGUGUCGAGGCCGUGUUGGGUAAAGAGAUUCAGCUGAUGCACAGAGCCCCGGUGGUGUCGAUCUGCGUGUUAGACGGCCGGGGGAAACCUUUACCCGAGCCAUAUGAAGCCUCCCAGGACCUCGCCAUUGCACCAGAUAUGACCAACGCUCACUCUGUCCUCAUUGCAUCAGAGGAACAGCUCAAGGUCUUCUCCCUUCCCAAGGUGAGCGCCAAGACCAAAUUCAAGUUGACGGCACAUGAAGGCUGUCGGGUGAGGAAAGUUGCCCUGGUGGUCUUCAGCUCCACGGCUCAGGAAGACUACAGUGAACACACACUGGUGUGUCUGACCAACAUGGGAGACAUGCACCUCUUCAACAUACCAGGUCUUCGACCACAGGUGCGUUACGACUGCAUUCGCAAAGAAGAUAUCAGUGGCAUUGCAUCAUGUGUUUUCACCAAGAAUGGACAGGGCUUUUACUUGAUCUCACCCUCUGAGUAUGAGAGGUUCUCACUCUCGGCAAAGGUCAUCACUGAGCCGCUCUUCUCUGUGCAGCUGGACCGACCACUAGACCCCACACCUGCCAGUGAUGGCACGACGACACAACCACAGGCCAACGGAACCCACAAGAACCAGAUGAGUCAGGCUGAGGGCCAAACAGAAGAAUCUCCCAGUUCUCUGUCCUCCCCACUCCUGGACACACCACUGGACUCACCCCUCAGCUGUGCUGACCUCACCCUCGACUCCACUGGAGAACUCACUGUAGAAGACGUCAGGGACUUUCUAACCACUGUGGACGAAGCCGAGAACAACUUAAAGAACAUUAAAGAGGAGGAGGGACGCUCGACUGGCAUCCUCAUCAACUGAACAGGGAGGGGCAGGAGUGGACUGGACGGACUGGAUUUCAGUCCUGCACCCAGAUUAUCUCCCAUCAGCCACUGCAGAGGCUUCAGCCUGCACUCUGCACUCUUCUCUUAGCCUGGCACAGACUGGCAAACAGCCUCACCAUGGACAAGGAAGACAAUAUGCUGUUGUUGAGCCUUUAAGAACUAAAGGGUCUUCUUCUCUAACCACUUAUGAAACGUAACAUCAGCCGCUGCAUGAAAAAAAAACACUAAAGUCCAGCUGAGGAUAUUCUGACUCUGGACACGAUUAUUUGUCACUUCCGAGAUCCAAAAGGCUGAAAAUGUCCACCGUCCAUCUCGACGCCCUCUGUGACCAUUCGUCCACUGCCCUGAUGUUUCCAGAGUGAUUCCCCGCCGCUGGAGAUGGUCGUGAUGAAUGACUGUGGCUCAGCCUUGGAGGAAAAAGGCUGUUUGAUUCUGCACAGGAGACUCCGUUGUGACAUGUCGGUAUUUUUCUAUCCACAGUUCUGAGGCGUGCUCAGCUCAGCUCAGCUCAGCUCAGCCUUGACUUCCCUCCACAUUUGGAACUGGAAUUGUUGCCAAGCGUGCUUGUCGCUUCCUCGUGAACACUAAGUGAACGUGAUGUUAACAAGCCUGUGUAUGAACUGAAUAUUUCCAGCUGAAGGAUGAAGCAUUUCUGUGCUCGAAGAUGGAGACUAGUAAAUGAAGUAUUUUGAAUAUGUGAAUAUUGAUACGUAUAGUAUUUCUAUGAUUCCCCCUCUAAGGUGCCAGUGAGGGCAGUUGAACUGUCUUAUCCAAUGUCGUGAGGGAGCGGAGGUGGUGGUUUCUGGGUCAAACACAAGCACAUUUUCAUGAAAGCUUUUAACAGGGUCUCUGUCUCAUGGUACUAAAGGAAAGAUUUGAAGGUGUUUUUGAACUGCAAAUAUUGACACUUGAAUGGUUUUAUACGGCUUCUGGAGAAAUGUAAGCUACAGAAAGAAGUGAAGGAGUGAAGAAGACAGGACUGAGAGUGACUGAUGAUAUUGAGGAUGAGGUGAAAUUGUCUUUUGGAACACUUUUUUUUGCAAAUGUCUUGGUUUCAUUCAAAUACAAACAUGGUGUGUAAUGGAUGUCGUGAUGGAUUCUGUACAGCAGCCAUUUUGAAACGUGUGUCACGGGGUUACUGAUGAUGGAUGGCCCUGUUCAGUUCCUGUAAGUCAGGACUGUGACCCAGCGAACCAACAUGAACCCUGCAACGGAAGGAGGUUUGUUCAGAAUCAGUUCAUUUGGUAUGGAGUAUUUUACUCCAGUGAUUUUUCCCACUGUGAUCUGUCAAAAUGGCUGCUGUGGAAAGUGUAAUGUGAGGAGGAGGAGAAGGAGGAGGAGGAGGAGGUGGAGGUGGACAGUGAUGAUUUGUGGCACGACAUGACUGCACUGACACUUCUUUCCUCUCAAGUUUGACAACAAUGAGACUCUGCUCACUGGAAGUAUGAAGUGAAGUUAUAAUCCCUCAGAGAUAAAGAGCAUGUGACAUCAAUGAUUUAUCUGUUAAGAAUAAAGUUUUAGGUUUUAUACUCAUUUUUGGCUGGUUUGUUAAAAUCAGGAUUAGGGCUGGAUGACCAUUCAGAAACAACCGUUGUUGCAAUACAGUUUAAAGAACAGCAUAUAUGGGAUUGUGCAAACACACUUUUAAUUCAUAUUAUUGCCUUGAAUGUUUUACCUCAGAUUCCCAAAAUGUUUCUGUUUUUAACACAAGCUCGUAAUGUUCUGCUACAAAUGAUGAUUUAAAGCCAAAAUCUGUUACAAUAUCUGACAUGUACUGUAUUGCGACGGUUUAUCAGCUGAUUUGAAUGGUUUAAUCUUAUUGCACCAGCCCUAAUCUGGAUUAAUUUUGUCAGACAAAGGUAAAGAAUGACAUGCAAUUGGUUCAAUUCUGUUAAAUCCGCUCUCCUUUUAUCCAGAAUUGGUUUUUUUUUCCAGGACUUUUUCAGGUAGUGAAGCAAAGUCUGUGUGAAAGCUCAAAGUAACAAACUGUGACUCAUCCAGGAGGUUUUCUGUGACGUUUGUUGCAGACCUUUGAUCAUCAGUUUACUCCCUUCCUUUUCUUUAAGUUUCACUGUGUUAAAAUAAUAAUUAUAUAUAUGUAAAAAAUAUUAUCUAUACUAGGUCUGCAGAAGACAGGUUUGUAAUUGUAAGCCAAUGAUAGUAAAAUAUUAGGACCUGUUGUAUUCCUUGCUUCUUGAUCACAUGUAAAACAAACAAAAAUAAAGGGACCUCACUACUAAUUUAUGGAGCUCAACAGGUAGGAAUCACUUUCAAUGCAUUUUUAUUCUUGUGUUUGCUUGUUUUUGGUGGCCUGGUUGAUGGUAAUUAACCCUUUCAAGCUACAGUUGGCAAUGUUUUACCUUUUUAACUCCACAGUUACAACAACUUUGUCUCUACUUUGUGAUUCACUUUUGUGUGUAGGGUUUUAAUUGGGUCACUUAGCAUUUUUUGGCUGACGAACAAAUUGAAAAUGUUAAUAAAAUGAUUUACUCUCUUCA